AUGGACGAUGAACAAGAUAAAUUUGAAGAGAAAUUUGAAGAGAAAUAUAUAUGUCAUUUAUGCUUGAAACUAUUCCACUCUUCAAAAGCUCUUUACGGCCACGUAAGAAUCCACGACCCACCCGAGAACACAACAUCCAAAGAAGUUGACAUGAACAAGAAAAAGAAAAAGAAGGUCAGUUUCAAUAAUAAUCUAAUUGUAAUCUAUUAUUGUUCGUUCUGUGAAAGGAAUUUCCCUUCCAAUAAAUCUCUAUACGGACACAUGAGGAUCCAUUCAGAUUCAUUCAAAGAGAAUCAUCUACAGCUUCAUUCUGAUUUGAGGGCUGGGCCGGAGGAGGUGGAGGUUUAUGAUCCAGAUAUACAUGACGCUGUUGAAGCUCUGCUGAUGCUUACAGAUACAUUCACAAACAAAUCUAGCCCUUCUCCUUCUCCUUCUUCUCCUCGUCGACUUCAUCAAUGCAGAAAAUGUAAAAAGACAUUCCAAAGUGGUCAGGCCCUUGAAGGUCACAUUAGGGUCCACUUGACCCGUGGUGAGACUAGCCAGACCCAGUCCAAUCCGACCGGGAUCAUACAUCCUCCUAGGUUUGAUCUAAAUGAACCACCUCCCAAAACGGAGGAAGAGAAAUUAUGA